ACGACGAGCGCCCUGUCCUUUUCAUAUAGGAGUCCAAAGAUUGCUCUCUGAACGUACCCAGACUGCUCCAAAGAUCUGCGAGUCCGGUCAAGAAAGCCUGGUAACGAUUAUUUUUGUAAACAGGUGACGUAACAUGUGACCUGCAAUCGAAUCCAAGUUUCGCGCCAUUUUGUUCUUAGCGUUUUGUGUGUGUGAAUUUUUCUCGUGUUUUUUGAGAAAGAACCAACAAACAGCUGAAAAGAUGGAAGCUGGAGUCCUUGAAGACGAAGUGGUAUCUAUGGUUGAUGUUUUGCAUGAGGAUAACGAACUAGAGGAGGAGGCGAGAGCUGUUUUGGGCGACAGCGACGAUCAACAUUGUACUUACCUCACCGGUUAUGUAAAGCGCCAGGCACUUUAUGCGUGUGGCACGUGUUCACCAACAGAUGCGGAGCCAGCUGGGGUAUGUUUAGCUUGUACCCUGACUUGCCAUGAAGGACAUGUGCUCUAUGAGCUGUACACUAAAAGAAAUUUUCGUUGUGACUGUGGAAACAAGAAAUUUGGUAAUUCCAAGUGCAAGUUAUACCCUCAAAAAGAUGCAGAGAAUACAAUGAACAAGUAUAAUCAGAAUUUCCGAGGAGUUUAUUGUACUUGCCACAGACCAUAUCCUGAUCUGGAAGAUGAGAUUGAAGAUGAAAUGAUUCAGUGUAUUAUCUGUGAGGACUGGUACCACUCAAGGCACUUGGGGAAUCUGCCACCACCUGGAGGUGACUUUCAAGAGAUGAUUUGUGAUGAUUGUAUGACAAAAUGCAGUUUCCUUCAAGCUUAUCUUUCUCUGUCAGCAGUACCGCAGCAGCAGUCUUCAAUUGGCCCUAGUCAACAAAUUGUUUCUAAACAGGAGACAGAGACCAAAAUUAAAGUUGUUAAGCCAAGUGAUUCAGAUGAAGGCCACUCACAAGCAAGCCACAAUGAAGAUAGCACUAAGACUUGCAGUGCUAAAGAAACUGAACAACAGAAAGAAUCAGAAGUGGUAGGUAGUUCCAUCUCUUCAAUUGUAGAAUACAAUGACAUGAAGAGUGAACUGACAGAGUAUCUUAGAGAGUUUGUGGUUCAAGGAAAGUUGACCAAUAUUUCAAACAGNCGCAUUCCACAAGUGGAAGUCAUGCAUGAAUACAAUGACAUGAAGAGUGAACUGACAGAGUAUCUUAGAGAGUUUGUGGCUCAAGGAAAGGUGGUGCAAGAGGAGGACAUACGGACCUUUUUUGACUCACUUCAAUCCCGUAAGAGACAGAGAGUUGGCAGUGAACACUCUGUGCAAUACCAGUGCCGCUAGUGAAACAGCACAUUAAACUGUAUCACCCUGAGAAAUAGUCCAAGUAAUGAAAGAUAAUUGUAGUGUGUGGUACCAUCUCAUUGAACUCGGAUAAGCGAGGUUAAGUCAAGAGGAAGCUAUGGACAAAGUAAAGUAGAAAUAUUGUGCCCUUGAACCAAGGUUAACCCUUAAUUAUAGUUUAUGGUUCGUUCUAAGGAGGACAUAUACUUAUUAAAUUAAAUUCCAUGUCUUUUGUGAUCUUGAAUAAAAAGUUUUUCCAAGCU